UCGACUCAAACGACAACUUCAACGACCAAUGAUCCGACAACUACUACUAUCUCAACAUCCACAACUUCAUCGACGACCACAAGUGAGCCAACUACCGCUUCCACGUCUUCGACCACUUCGACUACAGAUGGUACCACAUCCACAACAUCGUCAACGACUACAAGUGAUCCAACUACAACUACCACGUCGUCGACAACUGGCGAGACCUCGACCACAUCGACAACAGAUGGUACCACAUCCACAACAUCACCCACGACCACAAGUGAGCCAACUACCACUUCCACUUCGUCUACAACUUCGACAACUGGCGAGUCCUCGACAACAUCGACUACAGAUGGUACUACUUCCACAGGUACAACGACAUCAACCACAAGCGAGCCAACAACAUCUACCACCUCAUCGACAACAUCGACCACAGAUGGCACCACUUCCACUACAUCGUUGACGACCACAAGUGAGCCAACAACAUCUACCACCUCUUCAACAACCUCGACCACGGGUGAGUCCUCGACAACUUCGACAACCGACGGUACCACCUCUACUUCCACUACCUCAUCGACGACCACAAGUGAGCCAACCUCCACUUCCUCGUCAACAACCUCAACCACUGGAGAGUCCUCGACAACAUCGACUACUGAUGGUACCACCUCCACAGGCACAACAACAACCUCCACCACCUCAUCGACCACCUCAUCGACAACCUCAUCAACAACAUCUACCACAGAUGGCACCACUUCCACUACAUCAUCGGCGACCACAAGUGAGCCAACUACAUCUACCACCUCAUCAACAACCUCGACUACUGGAGAGUCCUCGACAAUUUCGACCACAGACGGUACCACCUCCACUACAUCGUCGACGACCACAAGUGAGCCAACCUCCACCUCCACCACUGGCGAGUCCUCGACUACAGAUGGUACCACUUCCACAACCUCCACAACUUCAUCUACGACCACAAGUGAGCCAACAUCCACAUCCACCACUUCAUCGACAACUGACGGUACAACAUCUACAUCAUCCACCUCGUCAACAACCUCGACCACAGAUGGUACUACAUCUUCAUCAUCGACAACCACAAGUGAGCCAACAACAUCGUCUUCCUCGACAACCUCGACCACGGGUGAGUCCUCUACCUCAUCGACAAUAGAUGGCACCACUUCCACAACCUCGUCGACGACCACAAGUGAGCCAACCACCACAUCCUCUACAUCCUCGACUACCUCGACCACAUCUGGCACUGGCUCAACUGUAUCAACUACAUCAUCAACGACCACAAGUGAGCCAACAACCACUUCCACCAUCUCGUCGACAACAACCUCGACCACUACAAGUGGUACCACCUCAACUACCUCGUCCACCUCUAGUGAGCCAACCUCAACCUCCACUACUGGUGAGUCUUCGACAACCUCGACCUCAGGAUCAACAUCGACCACAGAUAGCACUACCUCCACAACUUCAUCUACAACCUCCACCACUGGCGAGUCCUCGACAACCUCGACAUCCACCACCCAGUCACCAACCUCAACUUCAGGCGAGUCUUCAACAACAUCGACAACUUCGACUACCCAGACACCAACAACAGUCGGUACCACAUCUUCUACAUCAACAUCGACCACAUCUGGUACUACCACUGGCGACUCAUCUUCGACUACCUCCACGACACAGACCCCAACAACAGUCGGCACCACAUCGUCUACCUCAACAUCGACCACAUCUGGUACCAUCACUGGCGACUCAUCAUCUACCACUGGUUCACAAACAACAUCUUCAACUACAUCGACCACCUCAAGCACAUCUGACGUCUCAACCACCUCCACAACAUCAACCACCAGCGGCACCACAACAUCAGGAGACUCAACCACCUCGACCACCUCGACCACCGCGGUUACUGGAGACUCCUCGACAACCUCGACAACCCUGUCACCCAUCUCAACAUCAGGUGAGGCAUCCACAUCCACAACUGGCGACUCCUCCUCGACAACAUCGACUACCUCCACGACCCAGACCCCAACAACAGUCGGCACCACAUCAUCUACCUCAACAACAUCUGGUGAUUCCUCCACCUCCAGCUCCACAACAGGCACAUCAUCCACCAGUGCUGAGCCAACGACAACCUCGACCACCUCCACGACUCAAGCUCCAACAACAUCAGGUGAGUCCUCCACAUCGACCACCUCAUCGACAACAUCAGGUGAGUCAUCAUCAACUGUUGGUACAACAUCAGGACAGUCUGGCACUACGAUCAGCACCUCAUCGACAUCAUCUACCAUUGGACAGUCGUCAACAGUUGGCACCUCGACAACCACAUCUGGAUCAGGUAGUACCUCCACAUCAACUACAUCGACUGGAGAGUCAAGCACAACUUCCACCUCAACCUCGACAACUUCAUCCACUACCACAUCUGGCGAGUCAUCAUCAACUGUUGGCACCUCGACGACCACCUCAUCCCCAACUAUCUCCACAUCCACAUCGACAACAUCUGGUAGCACAUCUGGCACAACAUCCUCCACCAGCUCAGGUUCAGCUGAGCCAACAACAUCCUCAACCAGCACAACGACGUCCAUUACCUCUGGAGAGUCGAGCACAACAGUUAGUACCUCUACCACCACCACCGCUGAGCCAACUACAUCCAGCACCACUUCUGGUGAAUCAACUACAGUUGGUACCACCUCGACAUCCUCGUCCACAGUAUCAACGACAUCCAGCACCUCAUCCGGUGAGUCCACUACAUCAGGACAGUCUGGCUCUUCAACUUCAUCCUCGACCUCUGCUGAGCCAACUACCAUCUCCUCGACAACCUCUACGGGAACUUCAACCAUCACUGGAGAGUCAGGCACAACAUCGACCACUUCAUCUGGACAAUCGGGCUCAACAACCUCAUCAACGACCUCAACUACUGCUGAGCCAACCAUCUCCUCCACGACCACAUCAUCAACAGGCGAGUCAUCGACGGUUGGCACUACCUCAACCUCGACAACUACAUUGAGCACAACAACUGGUGAUGCAUCCACUACCUCAGGAGAGUCCAGCUCUGGUAGCACCUCAACCACUGGUGGCUCGACAACAGUUGGUAUAACCUCAACUGGACAAUCAGGCACUACCGUCUCUCCAACAGGCGAAUCCUCGACAGUAACCUCAACAACUUCAUCUGGAUCGACUACCACCGCUGAGCCAACAACAGUCUCCUCUACUACCUUGUCCACCACUGGAGAGUCGUCAACCGUUGGCACUACCUCCACCUUGACCACUUCAUCAGGCGAGUCAUCCACAACCAACAGCGCGACAUCUAGCACUGGUGAGUCGUCAACAGCUGGCACCACUUCGACAACAUCAUCAGGUGAGUCCUCAACAACGUCCGCCACAUCAGGCCAGUCGAGCACUACAACUGCUCUGCCAACAACCUCCGGCAGCACAACCGUAGAGUCAUCAACAGACGGUACCACCUCUGGUUCGACCACAACAUCCACCACCUCCGGCCCUUCGAGCACCACGGUGAGCACCACAACCACCACUUCGGUGCCAACGACAUCCACCAGCACCUCUGGAGAGUCAUCGACAGUUGGCACCACAACUAGUGAUUCGGGCAGCACAUCUGGACAAUCGGGUACUACAACUGGCGAGUCGUCAACCAUUGGCACCACAACAUCUGGUCAAUCUGUCUCGGGCUCAACAUCAACUACUGCUCAGCCAACAACAUCCACCACUGGCGAGUCGUCAACUGUUGGAACAGCCUCGACCACUUCGACCACUUCGACCACUUCAUCCGGUGAGUCGUCAACUGUUGGUACCACCUCGACCACCUCGACUACUUCAUCAGGUGAGUCAUCCACAUCCACCACUGGUGAGUCGUCAACUGUUGGAACCACCUCGACCACCUCGACUACUUCGACCACAACCUCAGCCGAGACCUCAACUACGUCCACCACAUCUGACAGCACUGGUAAGCAUUCAAAGAUGUCUCAAUUUAAGACCCAUAACCAUACUAACAAACAUACAAUAGUGACAACAGGUACGACCUCAUCCACAACUGCUGAGCCAACGACAUCCAGUACAUCCAUAACAUCUGGAGAGUCCUCGUCAACCUCUGGACUGUCGGGCACCACAGUGAGCACCUCGACCACAUCCUCUAGCACCACAUCUGGAGCAUCGUCGACUGGUUCCACCAUCUCUGAUUCGACCACAUCAUCUGGCACGUCAACCUCUACCACCACUGUUGGGCCAACAUCAAGCAGCACCACUGGUGAGACGUCCACAGUCAGCCCAACCACUUCGACCACCUCAGGCGAGUCCUCCACAUCAUCCACCACUGGCCCAUCGACCACCUCGACAACCACGUCCACCACAUCUUCUGGUGAUGUGAUCUCAGCUGUUGUUGGAUCAUCUACCACCUCCACCACAUCAUCUGUUGGUACAACCGUGAGCACAUCAACAACGGCUGAUGAGUCGUCAACUGUCGGAUCAACAUCAUCGACUACUGGCGAGACAUCCUCAACUACCUCGACCACAGGCGAGGCCACAUUGUCCACAGGCUCAAUCACUGUGACAACAUUGGCAGUGAAUGGAACCAACUCAACAUCGACCACAACCAGCGGCACGACCUCGACAAUCAUUGGAUCAGGUGACAGCACAAUAUCAUCAUCUAGCGGUGCCACUACCUCGACCACAUCUACUACUACCUCAGCUCAACCAACCAUAACAGGUGGAGAGACCAGCACUACCUCAGGAUCAUCCACCACCUCCACUACCUCUACGACCUCGUCCACAACCUCAUCAUCUGGCGACACAACUACCACUGAUGCCGGAACUGGAACAAUCACA